AUGGCACCAUUCUUUGGUCUACGAGGAAGUCGCCUUAACCUCGCCGGGCUUUUCGGCGUGAUGAUGCCAUCUUUCAUAGCUUUGGGCUAUAAUCAGGCUCUGCUGGGUGGAGUCUUGACAUUAAAUGCAUUUGAGAAACAAUACCCAGAGAUCAGCGUGGUUGAUGCCGCACCCCAAGAGAAGGGCCGCACAUCAGCCAUUCAAGGCACUGUGGUAGCCCUUUAUGCCAUGGGUGGUCUAUUCGGAGCUCUCGGCUGUAUUGGUCUCGGAGACGUCUUUGGUCGUCGCCGAGUUAUUAUGGCUUCCGCCGUGGUCCAGCUGAUCGGAGCGGUCUUGUUGACAGGCGCGUUUGCCUUCGAACAACUCAUCAUUUCUCGUAUCAUUCUCGGGCUCGGAACAGGCGGACUGAUGGCCACAGCGCCUGUCUGGCUUUCGGAGAUAUCCUCGUCCAAAAGGCGUGGUGCUAAUGUGUCCACAGCCGGGCUUUCCGCCGGUCUGGGAGCAACUAUUGCUCUUUUGGUGGAUUUUGGACUGUCGUUUGCGUCUGGUGGUGUCGGCUGGCGUUUCCCUGCUGCAAUUCCUGUGCUGUUUUCCCUCAUCAUUCUGGGAUUUAUUUACUUCCUACCUGAAUCACCGCGAUGGUUGAUUCGUAAGGAUCGCAUCGCCGAAGCUCGCGUGAUCCUUACAGCGUUGGAUGAGAUGAGCAUUGGCAAUGGGAAAAUCGAAGGGGAAAUUAAACAAGUUAAAUCUUCUCUUCAAUUGGCUGGUGGGGGAUCACUAGGGCAGAUCCUUCACAUGGGCCCCCAGCGGGUGAUCCACCGGGCAGCGUUGGCUGUGAUGGUGAUGAUGUUCAUGCAGCUCACCGGGUUCAACGCCAUGACAUUUUACGCAACUACGAUCUUUGAAACCUAUCUGCAUCUGGACUCAGUCAAGUCGAGGAUCCUGGCAGCGGUGUAUCAGCUCACUAGCCUCAUCACGGGCACGAUCUGCAUCUUCACCAUUGAAGGACUGGGUCGCCGGACCUUACUCCUUGGGAGUGCAGCAGGAAACUGCAUCUGUAUGGCAUUAAUUGCUGCACUUGGUUCCCAGCCGGAGAAUCCCAAGGCGAUGCACGGCGCGGUGGUCUUUGUUUUCAUUUAUCAUAUGAUAUUCGUUGGUGGAUUUGGUGGGGUGUCAUUCCUCUAUGCAACCGAAAUUGCUCCAUUACAUCUCCGAGCCACGAUCAAUGCGUUGGCCAUUGGUACAUUCUGGGCAUUUUGCGUUUUGAUUGUGGAAGUGACUCCGAUCGCCAUUGGCUUUAUCCAGUGGCGCUUCUUCAUCAUUUUUGCCGGGUUAAAUGCCUUGAUCGUGGUUGUGGUAUAUUUUCUUUUCCCGGAAACGGGUGGGAGGAGCCUAGAAGAAGUUGAUCAGAUUUUUAUCAAGUCUUCUAGUAUUUGGGACUCGGUGUGGGUGGCGCAGCGUCUGCCGCGGUCGAUGGGAGAUAAUGAGAUGGAAGAAAUGAGCCCGGAGAAUCAUUCGAAGACGCCUGUUUAA